AACAGUCAGAGCAUUUCGAACAGAACUGUCAUCAUAUUAUCGUAAAUGCGUAUUUAUAAGACUUUUUGUCUUUAGACUUAAAAAAAAAUAAAGAUAAUCCGAAACCACGAUCGCUAUCUGGUGCAAAUUAGUAUUUAAGAAAUGUAUAAAUCGAAUCAGGAACCAGAUAUACCUGCAGCAUUGGGUUUAUUGUCUCAUCUUGAUAAUGAUGAGCUAAAGGAAUUAUUGAAUAAUGAUGGGAAAUUCGAAGAUAUCGUGAAAGAUAUAAAACAGUUCAAGGAUCUUGAGACUGAAAAGGAGAUGUUAAUGGCUAGCAACAGAUCUUUAGCUGAAUUUAACUUGUCCAAGCAACCUGAACUAGAAGAAGGUAAACAAGUUUUAAAGGAAUUAAGCGAACAAGCUAACCAAUUGUGCUCCAGUGUCAGGGAUAAAAUAGACGAAAUGCGUGAUAAGUCUGGUACAAUGACAGUUGAUACUGCACUUGACCUGCUGCAAGCAGCGGCUGCUGAGAUUGAAGAAGAAUCGGAGGGGAUAGCGCAGAAAUUUCUAGCCGGUGACAUUGAAGUAGACGAGUUCUUGGACCAGUUCUUGUCUCGAAGAAAAUUAAUGCAUUUACGUAAAGUAAAGGUAGAUAAACUACGAGAGAUAAUAAGGAAAGGACAUUCGAACAGCACUCCUGGUUAUCCUCCAAUCGCUUCGAAUUUCCCUGGACUAGCAUCCUCCAUACCAUAUCCAACUGGACCAGUAGCUAUGCCGAUGCCAUUGCCGGGAUUACCAGUUUAUAGACCAUAUUAAUGUGAAAAGUUAUGUCAUG